AUGACUGGAUCUAAAACAACUGGACCUACAUUAGCUAUUAUAGGUGAAACAUCUUUAUCAAUAACAGAUAGUAAUAGAACUGUUACAACAGUUGGUACAGUUUCAUUUAAUAGUAAUGGUUCAAUGAAUACGAACAGUAAUUAUACUCUUCCUUCAUUAAUGUCACUUAAUCCAAAUAAUAAUAAUAAUCGAACGAAUAAUCCAUUAAGUCAUUCAAAUACAUCAUUUAGUUCAACAGAUCCUAGUUAUAAUAAUAAUGAUGUAUUCGAUGGUUAUCAUUUUUUACGAGGAACAAAUCGAAAUAAUAAUUAUUCAUCAUACGUUGAAUAUAAUUCUUAUCGAGCUUAA